AUGGGUCGCCGCCCGGCUCGCUGCUACCGCUACUGCAAGAACAAGCCCUACCCGAAGUCGCGCUUCUGUCGCGGUGUGCCCGAUGCGAAGCUGCGCAUUUACGACGUGGGCAGGAAGAAAGCAGAUGUAGAAGAAUUCCCAGGAGUUGUCCACUUGGUCUCAGACGAAUAUGAACAAAUAUCAUCGGAGGCUCUCGAGGCCGCUCGCGUCUGCGCCAACAAGUACAUGAUCAAGCACUGCGGCAAGGACAACUUCCACCUGCGCAUGCGCGUCCACCCCUUCCACGUUCUUCGGAUCAAUAAAAUGCUUUCGUGCGCCGGGGCUGAUAGGCUGCAAACCGGGAUGAGAGGAGCUUUCGGGAAGCCCACAGGUCUAGUUGCGCGUGUCAACAUUGGGCAGAUUCUUAUGUCUAUUAGGACCAAGGAGUCGAGCGUGAACAUCGCCUCCCUAGCUCUGCGCCGUGCCGCCUUCAAGUUCCCCGGCCGCCAGAAAGUGUUCACCUCGAACAAGUGGGGUUUCACGCCUUUCACUCGCGAGGAGUACAAGAAGUGGCAAGCAGAGGGGCGCAUUGUCUCUGACGGAGUCUGCGCAAAAUGGCUGGCAAAGAAGGGCCCGCUAGCCGAUACAUUCCCCCUCGCAAAGGACAUUCAGCUCCCAGUUGAGAACUAA